AUGGCACCGUUUUCGACCGUCCAGUUUGGGCUGCUGUUGUGUACCGUUUAUGUGCUGGUUGAUCCUACGCCGGCCAGUGAAUACUACGGUUCCAUAUCUCCCUAUAAAGCACAGCCAGAGAAUUCUACGUGCCCGGAAGCAGUCCCGCUUCGGGACGUUAGGCCACAAAGCUGUUGCCAAAGCUUUCUCGGUCUGCAUAACACGAUUAUCGACUGCUUGUCAAAGCCCUGCAUCGCGCACUGUCUGUUGCAAAACUUCCGGACGCAAAAGAUUUUGGGCAGCAUGUCGAUGACGGUGUCCAGCUUGAUAGCCGUCGCGCCGAAGCUGAGCACACACUACGAGCAAUGCCAAAGCAAACUGUUUGAGUUCGUCAUCGGCAACGCGUUUGACGGUGACUUCCAGCGUACCGUGUGCGAUGAGCGGCUGGAACAGUUCUUCGAGUGCAUGGUGAAGGCGUGGUUGCUGGACUGCAUAGGGUACGAUGUCGCCAAUGCUAGGUGCGUUGAUUUGCAGACGGCGGUCAAGUCCUCGGAAUGCAGCGUGAGAUCGUUCUUCACAAAUGCCGGCACGAUGUAG